UUGGUUACUGGGAUAACAAACAGCUGAUUGCAGAAGGGCGAGAAAAAGAAAAUUGUUUUUCUUCUAUUUUUGUGUAUUUCUUACUAAUUUUUCACACUCACAGAAAUGACGGAUGAUGUGAAAAAGUAUUUCACAGGACUCCUGCAUAAAGUUUCCGGACUUCACUGUAUCGCCAUCACAGACCGCGACGGGGUGCCCCUUUUGAGUGUAACCCUCGAUCGGACCACAGCAUUAGCUCUGAAGCCCACAUUUCUCUCCACAUUCACAAAUGCCACGGAUCAGGCGAGUAAGUUGGGACUGGGGAAGAAUCGAAACAUCAUCUGUAUGUACUCAAAUUACCAGAUUGUUCAGAUGAACAAACUCCCACUAAUUGUGACCUUUGUCGGGAAUCAAAAUUGCAAUGUUGGGCACAUCCUGGCCAUUGAGAAUCAAAUCGACGCCUAUCUGGAGGAUAUAAAAUUAGCUGUUACUGAAUCUUGAUUGAAAAUUAAUGUAUAAAA